AUGAUCUUGGUGCUGAGGAACCUGCAGCGGGCGGUGCCCCUGAGGCGGGCGCGGCUCCGCAAGAAGGUGCAGGCAGUGCGGAGAGCCCUGUGGGUGCAGAGGUUCGACCUGGGGGUCGUCUGUGUUGACAACAGAAAGAUUCAGCCAAUUAACAGAAUCUACAGAGACAAAAAUACCCCAACAGAUGUGCUUUCCUUUCCAUUUCACAAGGUGACUGCCACCCACGGGCUCUGUCACCUGCUGGGCUUCACACACAGCACGGAGGCCGAGUGGCAGAAGCGGUACCAGAAGGAGAAGCAGGUUCUCGAGGAGCUGAGCAGGCACACAGGGACCAGGUUUCUGCCCCUGAACAGGGGCCUCUUCUGA